AAUAUAUAUAUAUAUAUAUAUGUAUAUGUAUAUUUUAUCUGAUAUGCAGUCUACCAAGACUUGUUUAAUGUUAUUUUUUGAUAUCUGUACCAAAAGCAAGGAAGGUGGAGAGAAUCUAGAAAUGCCCAUUUCUUUUCAUUUCCGGAAAAACCCAUCAAUAAAUUAUUGGGUUAUAAAUAUUAAUGGAGAGAAAAAUAAAUAGAGAGAGGGUGUGAGAGAAGUGAAGAAAAAGCAGAGAAUAAAAAGAGACCGGAUGUUGACAAAUUUCAUGUCACUGUUCUUAGAAGGUCGUUUGUUUGUGUGAAGAUUUCUUAUCUGGGAUCUCUCUCUCUAACAAGUAGAAGUCUUUCUCUCUCUAAAGUUCUGUGCUUUUCUUUUUUUAUUUUUUGUUAGAGAGAGAGGGUGAGGGAGAUAGAGAUGGAGAGAGAGAGUGGCCCAUCAGAUCGAAAUCUCCUUUUUCUCAACCUGAUGACGAUCUAAGCUCCCUGAAUGGUGUUUGCAAAAGCACCCACUUUGUUGUUUCUUUGUAUAAUUUCAGAUAUACAGUUUUAGUUUUCAGCUGCUUUGUUGUUUUUUCAUAGCGUGAAUUUUCCACCAUGUGAAAGCUUCUGCUGAAUGAUUCAAUCUGUUGGGGAUGAUGCUUUUGAGGAGGAGAGGUGAAAACGGGAUGUGGGUCUGAGGAAUGGGAACAAAAAUGCAGUGUAAAAGCUACAUGCCCGGGUAUUACUCAGUGUGGGAUCUUAACGAGGAUCCAAACAAUUGUAGCUGGUCCUUAUAUUACGGAGAUAAAACCUUGUCAAAUAGGCAGUAUCGCAAUGGUUUCUUGCCGAGGGCCAUGCCUGAUGCUUUUCCAGGGUAUGAUAAGGAUGUAGUCAAGCAGACCAUGCUUGAGCAUGAGGCCAUAUUUAAGAAUCAGGUGAUUGAACUUCACCGGCUGUACAGAAUUCAAAGGGACUUGAUGGAUGAAAUAAAACGGAAAGAACCACGUAGAAACCAGAUACCCAUGGAGACAUCAUUGUUGUCAAGUCCCCUAGCAUCUCAAAUUACAUCUGAAGAUGCUCGGAAAUGGCAUGAUUCCAGCUUUCCCUUGGUAAACUCUGUUAACGCUGGACCAUCGAUUCCAGGUGUUGAAGGUACCCAUUCUCCAUCUAGUGCCGUGAAAGGAAACAGCCGAAAAAUCGGUUUGUUUCCAUACCAAAAUGGGAUUAGUUCGAAAGUUGUUGAGGUGAUGGAGUCAAGACCCACAAAAGUGAGGAAAAAAAUGUUUGAUCUUCAACUUCCAGCUGAUGUGUAUGUUGAUUCUGACGAAGGGGAGCAGUUCACUGAUGAGAAAGCUUCUGGCACUCCUACUUGUCAGCCGAAUAAAAAUUGUAAAACCACACUUGAGGGUGGUGCAAAGCUCUUUUUCUGCGAAGGUGCGAAGGCAGAUUGCAAAGGACAUGUUUCAAGAUCUGAUAAAUGUUUGAGGAGCACAAAUGGUUUGGCUGACUUGAAUGAGCCUAUUCAAAUUGAAGAAACAAAUGCUUCAGAAUAUACUUAUCCUCUGGGCCAUGACUCCUAUCAUGGAAAGAUUCAGGGUCCCGAUCAGGCUGCUAAGUCUAGAUUGCAGCUUUUAGGUUUGCCGAAGGAAAUAUCAGUCAACCCUCAUCAUGUAAGUGAUAAGGUUAUCCCGAACAACAUAUAUUUGGAGAACGGAAGUGGAAAAGGGUGGUUUUCCCAUGUUCUUGAAGCAGGGCAAAGUAAAAGCAACCUUAAAACUGCUUCCCAAUGUCUCCAAACAGAAAGGUUGCCGAUAUCGUCCCAUCCAAUGCAAGUUUCUAUUCACAAUGUUCACGAAACCGCUUUCUAUCUGACUGAUAAAAGCAAGGUGGACUUGUGGAGAGAUAGGACAGUUUGUGGUGCGGAGAAUUCGGAUAGAAGUCAUGAAAUUUCCAAUAAUAAGCAUCAGAAUAUUUUUGUGACUUCUCAUAUGCCCAGUCCAUAUCAUCACAUUCUUCCUUCCUCGGAUGUGGCCAGGUCAUGGACUCACUCGGUUUCAUCUUGGGAAAAGCCAGGCAGUGGCGUAAGCCAAAAGCCAAUAUCAGUUCAAACUCACCCGUGUUUUCCUUCAUCUGCUACCUUGAGCAAGAGUUCCCAGUCAUCAGUUCAGAGCAAUGGGAUCUUUGGAGAUAGGUGGUAUCUUAACAGCAAUUCUAGUUCUAACCAUGGUUCUGGAAGUGAAGUACGAUACCAAAAUGGUUUUCACCAUGGUUCAUCUUCAGGGUCUAAGGAACUAGUUCGCUUCCCGUCUCGCAGCUGCGACUAUCAGAGCAGCAGUAACGAUCACAACGGAGGCCCUGAGCACUUGAGGAGUCAGGGUUCAGCGACACACUACAAGGGUUCAAAUUGCAAGGAUGUGAAGUUUGCAAAGGAAGUAAACUUAAAUGUGGUGCUUUCAAAGAGCUCAUCCGAUGAAGAAAUACCACAGCAAUGUCUUAGGAUCGUAGGGGGGGAACAAAAGCAUGAGGACCAUCUUACAGCUUUGCCGUGGCUAAGAGCCAAGCCUGCUUCUAAGAAUGAGUUUGCCAAUGUAGGCAGAGUUUCAAAGACUGGUGUGGAGGAUUUUAAUCAAAUUUUUGCCGAGGACAUAAAAUCAGUUCCUUGCGAGAAUGAUGUUGAGGCCAAAAGGACUGAACUAGGUGACAGCCCGUGCAAGAGAAAACUUCUUGGGUUUCCUAUUUUUGUUAAGUCCCAUAACACUAAGAACGAGUCUUAUUCUCUUACGUCCCCGUCUGUGGAAAAUAACAAGAGAAACGGAGGACUGGAUAUCAACUUGCCUUGCGAUCCUUCAGCUCCUGACUUGGCCACAAAGAAUGUAGAAGAAAUUGUAGUUGUAGAAGAGAGAAUAGAUACGAAGGUUGCAAGUUUCAGACAUGUCAUCGAUUUGAACUCGUGUGUUAGUGAUGAUGAAGAAUCUUGAAACCUUCUUCCAACCACCAGUGUGAAGAUCACAGUAGAAAUAGAUUUGGAAGCCCCAAUUGUACCCGGGACUGAUGAAAGUGUCAUUCAUGUGGAAGCAUCUCCUGAAAUGCAGAAAGCAAGGCCUUUAGCAUCGCCACAACACCCAGCUGAACCUCCUCAAGAGGAACUUGUGAGAGUAGCAGCGGAGGCAAUUGUUGCCAUCUCAUCAUCUGGUCCCUACAAUCAUACUGAUGAAUCCUCUUGCAGUCCACCGGAAGCUUCUUCAAUCGACCCCCUUCUGUGGUUUGUGGAGAUAGCUUCCACUUGUGGGAAUGAUCUUGAGAGCAAGUUUGACAUCGUUGUGAGAGACAAAGAUGGUGAUGAUGAUGAUGAAUCUUUAUCAGACGCGUUUGAUUACUUUGAAUUCGUGACUUUGAAACUGAGAGAGACCAAGGAAGAAGAUUACAUGCCUAAGCCUCUGGUUCCAGAAAACUUGAACCUGCAAGAAACAGGAAGCACAUUACUACCAAAUCCUCCCAGAAGAGGCCAGUCAAGGAGAGGGAGGCAGCGGAGGGACUUCCAAAGGGAUAUCCUUCCCGGUCUUGCUUCCUUGUCAAGGCACGAGGUGACAGAAGAUCUCCAGACAUUUGGAGGAUUAAUGCGGGCAAUGGGCCAUUCAUGGCAGACGGGACUAACCAGGAGAAACUCAACAAGAAACGGUUGUGGUAGGGGCAGGCGACGAGCAGUGGUGAAUCCCUCUCCUCCUGUGGAAACUAUCCCAGCUUGCAGUCCACUGGUACAGCAGCUUAAUAAUACAGAAAUGGGACUGGAAGAUAGAAGCCUAACCGGUUGGGGUAAGACAACCAGAAGGCCUCGUAGGCAAAGAUGCGCGGCAGGUAGUAAUCUCCCAUCAUCCGUCCCUUUAACCUAAACAAUGGGAAGAGGGUUUUAACUUGUUGAGUUUCCUUAGAGAAAAAAUAGGGUGGUGGUUUCUGUGGCUGCAGGGGUUUGAGGUUGCCAUGGGGAUUGACUGCCCUCUGUACAUUUCUUAGCCCAAAGUUUGGGUUGGUUUGAUUUUUCUGUCUUUGGGUGGUACCAUCUUUGUAUUUUUCAUAAAUAAUGUUGCAUAAAUUUAUUCCCGGAUAGAUACCACUCCUCUUUUAUUUGCUCGUACAUUGCUUCUCUUCUGGGAAUUGAGAUGUGAAUUUAUCGCUUA